UUCUCCAGUUAACCACCGUUCGAAACUCAUCAAUGGAGGUGCCAACCACAGCUUCCAGCUUCGCGCUCCACACAUGUUAGCAACGGCCACCACUCCCCGAGCCCUGAACACUACCCGCCCAAUCUGAUGUCGUCUCAUUCCCCUCCCAGAGCCUCCCUUUCCACCAGCUUCCUCUCUCCCUUCGCCGGCAACAGCCUCUCCUCCGACUUCUCCGGCCACAAGCUCCGCCCUUCCUCCCUCCCUCAAUCCGGCGUCGUCUCGUGGCUCCAAACCCAAACGCGGCGUCGUCACCAUGCUACUCCCCCGAAUUACUUUCAUGCAUUUUACUCUCACCUUGUUAUCCAUUUCGAAUUGAAUUGAGAUUUUGGGUCACGUCGGCACAUGUGGUGCGUCGAGUACAAUCUUGAAGAAGAGGAAACACCAGCAGGAUCACAUUUGAAGAAUUUAAACACACGUCCAAGUGCUUACGAACUCAGUACAGAGAAAUGGUGUGCUUGGAACAAGGCAAAUGGAGGGCAAAGGAUGACGAUUCACCUACCCCCCAUUUGGGAUUUGGACAGGAAGCCUACUCUAAUUGAAACGAUCUCUAAUUUGAGUGUGUUAUUUUUGUGCGUCUAUAUAACAUUACUCUGUUCUCUCGGGUAAUAUUCUUCCCCCGCAUAAGUUUCUCAGGAAAGUAAAACUUUUUCCGAGAAAAUAUUAAUGGUUUUCGUUAGUUACUGUUUGUGUUUAUUUUUAAAUAAAAAUUUAAAAAAUGACUGUACAAUAUAUGAUGAACCUGAUUGAUUGAUCUUCAAAAUCCGGAUAGUACCUGUUCCCUCUCUCACCACACUCCAACAUCUGGAAUUUAUACUUUUAUGUUAUCUCGGGUAAUUGUCUUCCCCUGGACAAGUUUCCCAGGAAUAUAAAAGUAAAAGUAAAACUUUUCCCAAGAAAAUUUCCAUUGUUUCCAUCGAAGCUAAAACCAAACAACAUCAAGAAAACUCCUUUUGGGUUUGAAUCUUGAUCAUGGGUGGUGAUUCUCCAUUAUCAGAAACUAGAUCAGAAGAAAAUCAAUUCGACCAUGAAGAUGUAAACGAAACGCGUUCAAAGGAAGCAAAGGGAAAGAGACUCAGGAAGAAAGUUAAAUAUCAGCUUAUUGAAUACCAUUCAUUGCCUGAUUUUUUAAGGGACAAUGAGUUCAUUUUGGGUCAUUACCGAUCGGAAUGGCCAUUGAAGCAGGUGUUUCUAAGCAUCUUUUCCAUUCAUAAUCAGACUCUUAAUGUCUGGACGUAUUUGAUCGGGUUCUUCCUUUUCCUUUUCCUAACCAUAUACACAGCAACAAAAGCUCCAGACCUCAUGGAUCUGUCUUCCCUGCAACGUUUGUCUGACAUGAUUAGAAGAGCCGAUUUGCACAGAAUUCAUCCAGAACUGUUGAAUUGCCUCCCUUCGCUAUCUUUGCCGUCUAUGGAUUUUCCCCCCUCAGCUUCAGGGAAUAUAAGGGAACUUCUCGCCAAUUGCUUGCCUGACCGGUUCUCCCAUGGCAAUCAAACAGAGAAUUCUGUUCUGGAUGGAGUAAUGGAUGACGUGAUGAACAUGGUGGCCCCCCUUAUGUAUCGGCCCAUAACAAGGCGGCCCUUCUUUGUGUUUCUAGGUGGAGUCAUGUUCUGCUUGCUAGCCAGCAGCACCUGCCAUCUCGUUGCUUGCCAUUCAGCGCGCCUUUCCUCCAUAAUGCAAAGAUGUGACUAUGCAGGCAUCACUGCACUCAUCAUGACCUCAUUUUACCCUACUGUCUACUACUCCUUCAUGUGCAACCCCUUCCUUUGCAACCUCUACUUAGGUUUCAUCACAGUACUAGGUAUCACCACCAUGGUUUUCUCCCAACUCCCAUUUUUCCAAGGACCCAAGUUUCGUAGCCAUCGUGCUUCUCUCUUCUUUGGGAUGGGCGUGUCAAGUGUCGUGCCUAUAGUUCAUAAGCUCAUAUUGUUCAGGAAUCAGCCAGAGGCCACCCAGACUGCCGGCUAUGAGGUGUUAAUGGGGGUUGUUAAUGGACUAGGGGCAUUGAUUUAUGCUACAAGGAUACCCGAGCGGUGGAGACCGGGGAAGUUUGAUAUUGCUGGGAGCAGUCACCAGCUUUUCCAUAUCUUGGUUGUGGCAGCAGCUUACAUACACUACCGUGCCGGUCUACUGUACCUAAGAUGGAGGGACUUGAAGGGUUGUUAGCUUGUAUGAGACUAUAGGAGGACCAACAUUGGAUAAUAUUAUACAGAGGGUAUUUCUAGCCCUUCUGUGUUGGAUUUGGGUGUGUAGUUAACUUUUGCCUCUGGCCAUCUGAAAAUUUGUACAUAUUCCUUUUUACUUGAUGAAAAACUUCCAGCAAAUGUAAUCAUAAGUUUGGUAAAAAAA